CCUUCGCGCGAGACUGGUGGGAGUCUAUGUACUCUGCAGGCUCUGUUGUCUGCGUGGCACCUCAGCUGCUCGUCCAGAGUGCUGGUUCCCGGAGCUCGGAAUGUUCCCGGAACUCAAUAACCUUCUCAACAUCUCCCCUGACAGGGCGGAGCAGGGGAAACUGACUCUACUCUGUGAUGCAAAGACAGAUGGCAGUUUCCUUGUGCACCACUUUCUCUCCUUCUACCUCAGAGCUAACUGUAAAGUCUGCUUUUUGGCACUCAUCCAAUCCUUCAGCCACUACAAUAUUGUGGGACAAAAGCUGGGUGUCAGCCUGACUGUGGCACGGGAACGUGGACAACUUGUGUUCCUUGAGGGUCUCAAAUCCUCGAUGGAUGUCUUCUUCCAGGCUCACAAGGAACCACACCCCCUGCAGUUUCUCAGGGGGGCCGAUCCUGGGAACCUGCAGCCACUGUUCGAUUUUGUGAGGGAGGCCCUGAAGCCUGUGGACAAUAGAGAGCCUGCAUGGAGGUGCCCGGUGCUGCUGGUGGAUGAUCUCAGUUUGCUCCUGAGCCUGGGUGUGGGGGCGGUGGCUGUGCUGGACUUUGUUCACUAUUGCAGAGCCACUGUGUGCUGGGAAUUAAAGGGUAAUGUGGUGGUCCUUGUGCAUGACAGUGGAGAUGGUGAGGACGAGGAGAAUGACAUCCUGCUGAAUGGCCUCAGUCAUCAGAGCCACCUGAUCCUGCGGACUGAGGGCCUGACCACCGGCUUCUGCAGGGACGUACAUGGGCAGCUGAAGAUCCUAUGGAGGAGGCCAUCACAGCCUACAGCCCAGCGGAAUCGGAGCCUCAUUUACCAGUAUAAGAUACAGGACAAGAAUGUGUCCUUUUUCGCCAAAGGAAUGUCUCCUGCUGUUCUGUGACCUGAUUUAGGGGAGCUGAAGCUACCUUGGACUAUUCUCAGAUGUGGAAGAUAAAGCAACCUAGCAGGAAUGGGUCUUGACACCUUUGUAGUAGUAUUUCAGGCUGGGCUGGUAACUCUGCUGUGACUCAGGGAGGGUUGAAUGAUGCAAUAAUGGUAUGUAAACCUUUGCUCCCCUGGGCCCUGAUCAGAAACAAUGAGGAAUGCAUGACCUUGCCUCUGCUUAGAGACAGGCUGGAUGUUGAACUCCAGCAAAAGGGGUCCUUUGGAGCCUUUGUAUAAAUAUGAUUUAGCCCCAACUGCCCAUUUUUGGUCAUUGUGCCUUUUAGAGCCAGAGUGGGUGAGAAUGUGCCAACUAGGAGAUAGUCCUGGAUGGUAGGUGUCCAAGGUGACAACUAGAAUAAUCAUGGCUAGAAUAAAGUAAGUUCCCACAUCGGGGCUUCCUGUGGGUUUUCUCUUUUAAUUUUUAUCUUCAUCCUGCAAAGAUAUUUUCCUUUCAAGUACAGUGAAGAAAUAGGCUUAGAGAGGUUUAGAAGAAUACUCAAGAAUGUAGAGCAGGCUGUAGGUAACGAGACUUGACUCUGAAGUCCACCUUCAGCUUCUGUUGCUGUGGUGCAUUGCCCACAGGCUCAUGAGUCUAGGAUGAGUCCUAGCUAUCAGUGAUCUAGCACCAGUGCCUUGGUCACAUGAAGCCCUGUAGAGGGCACAAGUAUAUAUGGCCUUUGUGAGAGGGGUAAGGGAUGUUCUUGCUGUCAGGUAGGAUGGAGUCUGUGAGGACUGCAGAAGGUGAGCUCUUGCCCCAGCAUCCUGUAGAUGACAGCUGGUUUCACUCAGUCCUUCAGUCAAGGUCACCUCAGAGUAGACACCAGGGGUAUUUUGGUAUGUAAAUUAUACCACAAUGAUUUUUAUCUUAAAAAUAAAUAAUAUGAAAAAAUAAUGUUACUUUGACAUAUAAUGAAGAACUUUUAGCUCUAUUGCUUUUAUUUAUUUUUGAGAUGGGAGUCUCACUAUGUUGCCCUUGGUAGAGUGGCAUGGCAUCAUAGCUCACAGCAACCUCAAACUCUAGGGCUUAAGCGAUUCUCUUGCCUCAGCCUCCCAGUAGCUGGGACUAUAGGCACCGAUUUUUUUGUUGCAGUUGGCCCCAGCUGGUUUUUUUUUUUUUUUAAUAAAAACAACACCAAAUAACACCAUUUAUUAUCAUUUUGAAACAACAUAAAGGUAAUCACAGCAACACCGACAAAUGUUUCAGAACUACAAAACCAACACAGUAUGCCUCCAAAUCCGGUACUGCCCUUUCAACAAUUUCUCACUUCACUGGUCAUUUCUAGUUGGAGACACUUUGUAGCAGAGUGAUACUAUCUCCUGUUACUAUCUCCUGAUACUAUCUCCUGAUCCGACCCAGUUGUUGUUUUCUUGACUUUGUUUUACAAUGAAUCUCUUCAGCAUCAUCUAAUACAAGGUUCAUAUACUCAUCAAAACCAAUGAUACAGCCAGCCCUCUAUCCGCAUAUUCACUUGCUCAUAGAGCCACACCUGAAUCCGGGAUCUAUUUUGUAAGUAUCUGAAGAUGAGGUUGAUGGGCUGCACCAUCACCUUCUGCACUUUCUGGCCCUGGCUGCGGUACGCCAUAGCAGAAUCUCACAAAGACCACACUAACCCCCCGGCUGGUUUUGAACCCGCCAGCCUCGGUGUAUGUGACUGGGGCCAUAAUCACUGUGCUAUGGGUGCCGAGCCAGCUCUAUUGCUUAAUUUUAACUUUUUAAAUUUUUUUAUUCACUUUUAUUCAUCAUUUAUUGAGACAGUCUCACUUUGUCACCCUCAGUAGAGUGCAUGGCGUCAUAGCUCACAGCAAGCUCAAACUUUUGGGCUUUAGUGAUUCUCUUGCCUCAGCCUCCCUGGUAGUUGGGACUACAGGCAUCUGCCACAAUGUUUGGCUAUUUUGUUUGUUUGUUUGUUUUUUAGCAGGCCUGGGCUCAGUUCGAACCCACCAGCCCCAGUGCAUGUGACCGGCGCCCUAAGCACUGAGCUACAGGUGCCCAGCCUUUUUAAUUUUUAAUUUUAUUUAUUUAUUUUUUCUUGAGACAGAGUCUAACUCUGUUGCUCAGGAUAGAGUGCAGUGGCAUCAACCUAGUUCACAGCAACCUGAAACUUUUGGCUCUUGCCUCAGCCUCCCAAGUAGUCUACCAUAACGCCCAGCUAAUUUUUCUAUUUUUAGUAGAGAUGGGGUCUCGAUCUUGCUCAGGUUGGUCUUAAACUCCUGAGUUUAAGAGAUCCUGACUAUCAUGUAGAUUAUCCUACUGAAAUAGCUGCUUUUAUUCUCAAAAUAUUGCAGACUUGGCUCAGCGCCGGUAUCUCAGUGGUUAGGGCACCAGUCACGUACACUGAGGCAGGCGAGUUUGAACCCAGCCUGGGCCUGCUAAACAACAAUGACAAUUACAACAACAACAAAAAAAGCUGGGCAUUGUGGCAGGUGCCUGUAGUUCAGAUACUUGGGAGGCUGAGGUAAGAGAAUUGCUAAAGCCGAAGAAUUUGAGGUUGCUGUGAGCUGUGACAGCAUAGCACUCUACUGAGGUGUGACAUAAUGAGACUGUGUCUCAAAAAAGAAAAAAAAUUGCAGACCUGAUAGAAUAUUUGAAAAUUGUGAGAAUAAUUGAGAAAGUAGUUAUUAAAGAAUCUAAUGAUUUUGGGUGGUGCCUGUGGCUCAAAGGAGUAGGGUGCCAGCCCCAUAUACUGGAGGUGGUAAGUUCAAACCCCGCUCCAGCCAAAAGCUAAAAAAAAAAAAAAUCUAAUGAUUUUUUGAUAUCUGUAUUUUUUUUUUUUUUUUUUUUUUGUAGAGACAGAGUCUCAUUUUACUGCCCUCGGUAGAGUGCCGUGGCAUCACACGGCUCACAGCAACCUCCAGUUCUUGGGCUUAUGUGAUUCUCUUGCCUCAGCCUCCCAAGCAGCUGGGACUAUAGGCGCCCGCCAUAACGCCCGACUAUUUUUUUGUUGUUGUUGCAGUUUGGCCGGGGCUGGGUUUGAACCCGCCACCCUCAGUAUAUGGGGCCAGCACCCUACUCACUGAGCCACAGGUACCGCCCUUGAUACCUGUAUUUAUGUAACUUUUAUUUGAGCUACAGUUCAUAGAAGAAUAUGAUACGGAUUUUACUAUCAUAUUUCUUUACUUUGUUUAUAAAUGCUUUCACUAAAUUUUUUAUGUGUUUAGUGACUAUUUAGCAUUUUAUGGUAUCAUUAUAUUCCAGUUUGCUUAGCUAUUCUCUGGGCUCCUAGGUUCUGGUUUUUACGGUUAUCAAUUAUGUCAUGAAUUUUUUUUUUUUUUUUUUGUAGAGACAGAGUGUCACUUUAUGCCCUUCGGGUAGAGUGCCAUGGCAUCACACAGCUCACAGCAACUUCCAACUCCUGGGCUUAAGCGAUUCUCUUGCCUCAGCCUCCCGAGUAGCUGGGACGACAGGAGCCCGCCACCAUGCCCAGCUAUUUUUUGGUUGCAGUUCAGCCGGGGCCGGGUUUGAACCCACCACCCUCGGUAUGUGGGGCCGGCGCCUUACCGACUGAGCCACAGGCACCUCCCCUUAUGUCAUGAAUUUUAUAUACUGUUUGUAUUUGGGAGUGGGGACAACUACUUGUUUUCUUAGUAUGUUGACAAAAGGGGUCUCUAAUGGAGGAAACUAUCAACACAACUGAGAGGUGAUAUAUGUAGAAUUAGACCAUGCUAAAUGUUAUAAAUAAAACAGACGAGGGCUAGGCCGAGUGGCUCAUACUUGAAAUGCUAACACUUUAGGAGGUUGAGGUAGAAGGAUUGGUUGAGGCCAGAAGUUCAAGAGCAGCCUGAGCAAGAGCAAGACUCUGUCUCUACAAAAAAUAGAAGAAUUGGCUGAGUGUGGUUAGUCCCAGCUACUUGAGAGCUUGAGGCAGGAGGAUCCCUUGAGCCCUGGAGUUCAAGGCUGCAGUGAUCUAUGAUGACAGCACUGCAUUCUAGCCAAGGCAACAAUGAGACCUACCUUAAAAAAAACAACAAAAAAACAAAAUCAGUGUUUAGCAGAACUGUUCAUAUUUUGUUGUCAGUAGUAAAUUUAAAGACAAGAUGGCUGUUUUCUCCAGUGCAUGAAACAUACCGUACUUAAUAUACCUGCAACUAAGUGUUAAAAAUUAUAUGCUCUGUAACUCUAUACUGCUAAUAUUAGAACUAAAAAUCUUUCAAAACAACAAUGCUUAAUGCUUAUAUUAGUGUGGAUUUGUCAGCCUCUAUGUAAUCUGUAAUAAUAUGUAUAGCAGGGAGUAAGAAGAGUUGCACAAUAAAUGCCUUCAAAGGCUAUUUCUUAAAACUGUUAAAAGGGGAUAAUGGUAUUUCAACUAGUUGUCAGCAAGUGACAAUACAUUCUACUACAAAUACACUCUUGUUCUUCUAGCUUUAGACCACACGAAAAACCUGGGUGCUUCAGAGUGUGGGAUAAGAGAAGGGAACACUACACCUGUGUCAUGGAUGAACUAAAGACUUUGCCUGUUCAUUUUUUAAAUAAUAUUUUCAGGUCCUUUGCUUACCAAAGGAAGCCCAAUUUCACGUAAAUGUUUUGAGAACUGUGUUUAACUAAAUGCAAAUGAAAA